AUGGCCCCCCUCGUCCCCAUCUUCGCAGCGGAAGACCUCCCAUCCCGCGUCCAAAUCGUCCACCGCGGCUUCAAAGAAAAACGCCGCAAAGGCGAACCAAUCGACCUACACAAAUGCGAGCUGAUGGAAUUGGUGCAAUACUCAUGCAAUCCACCCGAAGAGGGGAUUCUGGCGCCUGGCGUUGUGAAGUGUAAACCUAUUGUACGGUUAUUUCGGAGGUGUGCCGAUGGUCUUACCGUUGAGACGACGAGUUGGGAGAAGAUGAAUACGAAUAAUAAAGUGGAUACGAGCUCGAAUACGGCGGAGAUACAGAAGGGAGACAAGGCAUGA